AAUCUGUAGACCCUACAUGAGGGGUCCUUCCGCGGUUCACACGGAAACCAGCGCUAUUGACCGAUGUUUGUUAUGCUACAAUUAGCAGUAUGCCUGCUGAACGCAAGCGCUCAGUAAACAUGGAUGAGAAAGACGUUUGCACCUUCAGCGGCAAGGAGAAAGAGAAGGACAGAGAUGGUGAUAGAAGACCGGGGUCCGCCCGAGACAAAGCAAAAGACGAGGCCAAAAUGAGCGGCAAGAAAGACAGCGGCAAGGAGGAGAAGAGGAAGCGCCUGGAGGAGGAGAAGAAGAAGAAGGAGGAAAAGGAGCGGAAAAAGAAAGAGGAGGAAAAACAGAAAGCGGAGGAGGAGCAGAAGAAGAAAGAGGAGGAGGAGAAGAAACAGCAGGAGGAGGAGGAGAAGAAACAGCAGGAGGAGGAGGCCAAAAGACAGCGUGAGGAGGAGGCAGCUCUCCUGAAGGAAAAGGAGGAGGGACAUCAGCUGCACCAGGAGGCCUGGGAGCGCCACCAGUGCAGGAAGGAACUCCGCAGCAAGAACCAGAACGCCCAAGAGGGUCGGCCCGAGGAGGCCUUCUUCAGCCGCCUGGACUCCAGCCUGAAAAAGAACACCGCCUUCGUCAAGAAGCUGCGCACGCUCACCGAGCAGCAGCGAGACUCGCUCUCCAACGACUUCGGCUCGCUGAACCUCAGCAAGUACAUCGGCGAGGCCGUGAGCUCCGUCGUGGAGGCCAAGCUGAAGAUCUCCGACGUGGGCUGCGCCGUCCACCUGUGCUCGCUCUUCCACCAGCGGUACACCGAGUUCGCCCCGUUGCUGUUGCAGGCGUGGAAGAAGCACUUCGAGGCGAGGAAGGAGGAGAAGGCGCCCAACGUGAGCAAGCUGCGCACAGACCUGCGCUUUAUCGCCGAGCUUACCAUCGUCGGCCUCUUCACCGACAAGGAGGGGCUGUCGCUGAUCUACGAGCAGCUGAAGAACAUUAUCGGGACGGACAGGGAGACGCACACCCACGUGUCGGUGGUGAUCAGCUUCUGUAAGCACUGCGGGGACGACAUCGCCGGUCUGCUGCCUCGCAAGGUGAAACUGGCCGCGGAUAAGUUCGGCCUGGGCUUCCCUCCCAGCGAGAUCAUCACCACCGAGAAGCAGCAGCCCUUCCAGAACCUCCUGCGGGAGUACUUCACCUCGCUCACCAAGCACCUGAAGAAGGACCACCGCGAGCUGCAGAACACCGAGAGGCAGAACAGGCGUAUCCUACAUUCCAAAGGCGAGCUGAGCGAGGACAGACACAAGCAGUAUGAAGAGUUUGCCACUUCCUACCAGAAGCUGCUGGCCAACACUCAGUCUCUGGCUGACCUGCUGGAUGAAAACAUGCCCGAGCUGCCUCAGGACAAGACCGUGCAGGAGGAGCACGGCCCCGGCAUCGACAUCUUCACCCCCGGUAAGCCCGGAGAGUAUGACCUGGAGGGGGGGAUCUGGGAGGACGAAGACGCUCGGAACUUCUACGAGAACCUGGUGGACCUGAAGGCCUUCGUCCCCGCCAUCCUCUUCAAGGACAACGAGAAGAGCAGCCAGGGCAAAGACAAGGACGACGCCAAAGAUGGCAAAGACGCCAAGGACGCGGCCAGCACCACCACCGAGGAGCUGGAGCUGGAGCUGGAGGCUCUGGACAUCGCAGAUGAACCUCUAGAGCUGGAGGGACCAGAGGAGGCGGAGAGCGAAGAGCUGGCCAAGAAGCUGCUGGAUGAGCAAGAACAAGAGGAUGAAGAGGCCAACACCGGGUCACACCUGAAGCUGAUCGUGGACGCCUUCAUCCAGCAGCUCCCCAACUGUGUCAACAGAGACCUCAUCGACAAGGCUGCCAUGGACUUCUGCAUGAACAUGAACACCAAAUCCAACAGGAGGAAGCUGGUCAGAGCUCUCUUCACCGUCCCUAGGCAGAGGUUGGACCUUCUGCCCUUCUACUCUCGUCUGGUGGCGACUCUUCAUCCGUGCAUGUCAGACGUGGCUGAGGACCUCUGCUCCAUGCUGAAGGGAGACUUCAGGUUUCAUAUUCGGAAGAAGGACCAGAUCAACAUCGAGACAAAAAAUAAAACGGUCAGAUUUAUCGGUGAACUGGCAAAGUUCAAGAUGUUCACCAAAACCGACACGCUUCAUUGUCUCAAGAUGCUGCUGUCUGACUUCACCCAUCACCACAUCGAGAUGGCCUGCACGCUGCUGGAGACCUGCGGCCGCUUCCUCUUCAGAUCCCCCGAGUCUCACCUGCGUACCAGCGUCCUGCUGGAGCAAAUGAUGCGUAAGAAGCAGGCCCAGCAUCUGGACGCCCGCUACGUGACCAUGGUGGAGAACGCCUACUACUACUGCAACCCUCCGCCCAUGGAGAAGACGGUGAGGAAGAAGAGGCCGCCGCUGCAGGAGUACAUCCGCAAGCUGCUCUACAAGGACCUGUCCAAGGUCACCACGGAGAAGGUGCUCAGGCAGAUGCGCAAGCUGCCCUGGAAUGACCCCGAGGUCAAGAGCUACCUGAUCUGCUGCAUGGUCAACAUCUGGAACGUCAAGUACAACAGCAUUCACUGCGUGGCCAACCUGCUGGCCGGCCUGGUGGCCUACCAGGAGGAUGUGGGCAUCCAUGUGGUGGACGGAGUGCUGGAGGACAUCCGGCUGGGCAUGGAGGUCAACCAGCCGAAGUUCAACCAGCGGCGGAUCAGCAGCGCCAAGUUCCUGGGCGAGCUCUACAACUACCGCAUGGUGGAGUCAGCCGUCAUUUUCCGCACCCUCUUCUCCUUCAUCUCCUUCGGGAUCAACCUGGACGGCAGCCCGAGCGCCCUGGACCCUCCGGAGCACCUGUUCCGCAUCCGCCUGGUCUGCACCCUGCUGGACACCUGUGGACAGUACUUUGACCGCGGCUCCAGCAAGAAGAAGCUGGACUGUUUCCUCAUCUACUUCCAGCGGUACAUCUGGUGGAAGAAGAGCACCGAGGUUUGGACCAAGGACCACCCGUUCCCCAUCGACAUCGACUACAUGAUCACCGACACCCUGGAGCUCCUCCGGCCCAAGAUGAGGCUCAGCUGCUCCCUGGAGGAGGCCACCAAGCAGGUCACCGACCUGGAGAGGGAGGUGCUCGUCAAACUAGGUCUGGCCAUGGAGAGGGACGGGCGAUCGAGCGCCAUGAGCGAAGGGGAGGUGCUCGACGAGGAGGACGACGACGGCGACGACGACGAGGAGGGCGGCGCCGAGACCGAGGAGCAGUCGGGCAACGAGAGCGAGAUGAACGAGCAGGAAGAGGAUGAAGGGUCCGAGAACGAAGAGGAGGAGAGGGAGGAAGAGGAGGAGGAGAACACCGACUACCUGACCGACUCCAAUAAAGAAAAUGAGACUGAUGAGGAGAACAACGAGGUCACCAUCCGCGGCGGUGGACUGAAGCACGUGGCGUGUGCUGAGGACGAGGACUUCAUUCAGGCUCUGGAUAAGAUGAUGCUGGAGAACCUGCAGCAGCGCAGCGGCGAGACGGUGAAGGUGCACCAGCUGGACGUGGCCAUUCCUCUGCAGCUGAAGAGCCAGCUGAAGAAAGGCGGCAACAGAGAGCCGUGCAUCGGCGAGAGCGAAGCCGACAUCUCCGACACCAUGCAGUUUGUCAUGCUGACACGCAAAGGCAACAAGCAGCAGUAUAAGAUCCUGAACGUUCCCCUCUCAUCCCACCUGGCGGCGAACCACUUCAACCAGCAGCAGGCCGAACAGGAGGAGCGCAUGAAGAUGAAGAAACUCACCCUGGACAUCAACGAGAGGCAGGAGCAGGAGGACUACCAGGAGAUGAUGCAGUCCCUCGCUCAGCGUCCGGCUCCGGCCAACACCAACCGGGAGCGCCGUCCUCGCUACCAGCACCCGAAAGGCGCUCCCAACGCCGACCUCAUCUUCAAGACCGGAGGAAGGAGACGCUGAUUGGAGUCUGGUUCUGGGCUGAUCGAGCGAGCAAGCGAGCAAGAAAAGAAUGAACAAGCAAGAAAGAGAGAGAGAGAAGAAAAGAGAAGAUCGGAGGGGAAGCCGGUCUAAACAGGGAACGAGUCCUCCAGACGCCCCAGAACCCCCCAGAACCCGAACACACACACUUCUUACAGUGGAGCCCGAGGAGGACAGACAAAACCAAAGGGUCAGAGGUCACGAAGGGGUCGGUGAGGGGGGGGUCAAGACAGAUGGCUCUCUUUUCUUUUUUUGUCUGUUGCCUGAGAUGACAAAAAAAAAACCAACAACUUGUCUGGAUCAGAACUACAAAGAUGGGCGAACACGUGAGCCGGGAUGGCGACUGGACGGCGAUGGCGGGACAGGAAGUGGGGAAACGGGAUCGACCUCCCGCCACACGUCACACACACCAGGUGGAGAGAAAAAAAAAAGAGUGACUCAUAUUUAGGAGUUUUAAAAGUGGAUCGAGAUUUACACGAGACUAGUGAGCGGACAUUUUCCUCUUUUUUUUGUUGUUGUUGUUGUUUUGCGACUUUUGAAGUGAAACCGGGAACACUGCACACUGUCGUCAUGGCAACGCUGAGAGAUGGAGAUGGAGAUGGAGGAGGGCGAGGUUCUAACACUGGUCAUGUGUUGGUACAUGAAUUAUGUGUUUGAAAUGAGGCCGAUGGUUUGAGACCCUAUUGUUGAUUCAGAGUGGUAUGUUCUGGUUUCAAUGUUAAUAGUAUUUGUUUGGGUAAUAUUCAUUUGGUGACACUUUCAUUUUCAAGUCUGUAAAUUCCGAGAAAGAACUACAUCAUUUGGCACCAAUUGUAGAGAAAUACACGAUGUUCUGAGGCAGUGAUUUGAUCCAUUAGUCCAAAAAACUCUUUUGAUUAUUGGUUCAUCAUUUCUAACAGUUUAUUCUAAAAUCAAAACUACAGAGCAGUUUUUUUCAAUCAUUAGUUGCAGCCCUAGUAUAAAAAAAGUCCUGAUAUUUAUUACAAAAUCAAAUAAUGUUUCCAGGAUCCUGCCUAUAAAUAAACAUUUAUCAUAAGCUCUUCUCUACAAAAUUAUCGGACAUUAUGAGUAAGACAUAAAGAGUUACCGUCUAUUCCUUCUGAUAUAUUUCACUGCUUUUGGUAACAAUACACAGAUGACCUGCUGUUUUACUGACAUAAAUACAAAUUAUAUUUUCACAAUAUAUUGUCAAUAACAGUAGCCUACCAUCCGGUGUAGUUUUUGGAAAUGGGCUGCUAACCAGAGGAGAGUUUCUCACAUCUGAACUGUGAAUACAUGAAGCUACAGUUAGCGUAGCUUAGCACAAAGACUGUAAAAAGGGGGAACAGUUAGCCUGGCUUCAUUUCAGAGAUAACUAAAUUAUCAUCGCUCCCUGGAACACAAAUAAGAUAUUCUUAAUACCAAGAAAAAUCAGCGACAGAGUCACACUCGGACACUUUUCUAUCUGGAGACCUGAGUUUUUUUACUUCUAUCCUACUAAAUGUUAUUUUUCCUCUUAGAAUCAGGAGCACCUAAGAGUUAGUUUUGACGAUAUUCACCUUGCGUUGAUUUGUGAAGUGUAACGUGGUAACCUGACGAUAUUAUUAUAGAUUAAUUUCAUCUGAUAGAUGGAUCAGUAUAUUCUGCUGCAUGGCUCUUUUUGUCAUUUUGUGGUCAAAGCGUCCAGCGGCGUCUCUCAGUUUAGCUCCUCUGUGUCUAGAUUCAUUCUUUUCCCUGCACAGAUAAAAAGAAGAAGCUUUCUGUGGCUUUGUGUUUCGGCUCAUGACAGAAU